CUCGUAUCAUUGGAUGGGUCGACCCACUUGAGCAAUAAAAGUGAAACUGAGAAAUUCUAAGAGCAGACGCGUGCAGAAGAACCACUAAAAAUAUCUGACUUCGAAGAACGCACAGAUCUGACCCAAGACACCGCAAACGCAACUCUCUCCCAAAACAUGAGCCUCUUCGGUUUGGGCAGGAACCAAAGGACAUUCCGUCCAAAAAAGAGUGCACCCUCAGGGAGUAAGGGGGCACAACUUAGAAAGCACAUUGAUGCCACCUUAGGUAGUGGAAAUCUGAGGGAAGCAGUUAGACUUCCUCCUGGUGAAGAUGCAAAUGAGUGGCUUGCUGUCAAUACUGUUGAUUUCUUCAACCAGGUGAAUCUGCUCUAUGGUACGCUCACUGAGUUCUGUACACCAGAGAACUGUCCUACAAUGACUGCUGGCCCCAAGUAUGAGUAUAGGUGGGCUGAUGGUGUACAAAUCAAGAAGCCUAUUGAAGUUUCUGCUCCAAAAUAUGUUGAAUACUUGAUGGAUUGGAUUGAAGCUCAGCUUGAUGAUGAAUCCAUAUUUCCUCAGAAGCUUGGUGCACCUUUUCCUCCCAACUUUAGGGAAGUUGUGAAGACGAUAUUCAAACGUCUAUUCCGGGUAUAUGCCCACAUUUAUCACUCUCACUUUCAGAAAAUCGUAAGUCUUAAGGAGGAGGCUCACCUCAACACAUGCUUCAAGCAUUUUAUACUAUUUACCUGUUGACAAUGCAAGGAUGGCAAUGUGAAGUGGAGACAAGGGUGGUGACAUGAUAUGUGUUUGCAGUGAUGGCGCAAGGAGGAUGAUGCGAGGCAGAGUUGAAGGUGGCAGUGUGGGUUAAACAAAACAAAAAGGAAACCAUUAAAGGUUGACAAUAAAGGUUGCCGAUGAACUUCAAACCCGGUGAUGAAGGCCAAAAACACUUUUCUUCUUGAUUCCCAGAUUUAUGAGCUUAAAGCUUUGAUACCAUGAAGAGCCUAAAGAAUCUUUAAAGAGAAUGAUUUUUUUCAUUGAUUUCAAUUUGUACAAAUACAAGUAUAUAUAUAAUCAUUCUUAGCACCAAAAAUAGGAACUUUUUUGACCUAAUUACAUAAGAUCCACUUGAUUAA